UAUCUAUCUCCCCAUCUACCAAAAUUUCAACGAUAAUUCCCAUCAAAAUCACAAGCGAAAUUCAAAUUCAAAACCUCACCAUCAAUAACCUACUUUAAAAAUCACAGAACAUGUAUCAAGAAACAUUCAUGUCGGAAUCUGAUCUCUCUUUUCUUGAUUCAAUCCAACACCACCUUCUCUACGAUUCCCAGAUCUCCAAUCUUUUUCCCGAGACGAGCAGUGGAUCAUCUGGCAGCAGUGCAACACUAGGGGACGUGGUGGCGUCCGGUGGGUUCGACCUGCCGGUGGUGAAGCUCGAGACAUCAGAAGAAAAUCAAGAAAUGGAAAAGCAAGAAGUUGAGGCAGGACGUGAGACUCACGCGCCUCAGGAGUUCAGGAAGUUUCGGGGUGUGAGGCGGCGGCCAUGGGGGAAGUAUGCGGCGGAGAUAAGGGAUCCGGCGAAACGUGGGGCGAGGGUGUGGCUUGGGACUUAUGAAACUCCGGAGGAUGCAGCGGUGGCUUAUGAUCAAGCAGCUUAUAAGAUUCGUGGGUCUCGCGCUUUGUUGAACUUCCCGCACCUGAUUGGAACAAACAUGGCAGAGCCAGUGAGGGUAACUCAACGUCGGAAGUCAGUGAUGGAGGCUGGGUCGCCACCAUCAUCUUCGUCGGAAGACGGAGGCAUAAAGAGAUCAAGGAAAAGUGGUACAGUGGAUGAUUACUAUCUGCCAUACUAAGAUAAAUUAUUUGCAUCCAUUCAUGUGAUUAAUUUUUUCCAUUCUUUUAAUUAAGAAGCUCAAUUUAUUUCUUCUUUCAAAUUUAAUUAAUCAAUUUGCAUUUUUCUAAAAUGAAUGUAAUUACUUUUUGGUUUUUAUAAUUUGUGUAAAAAAUAUAAGUCAGUUCGAAUUCAGAA